AUGAACAAUCUGGAGUUACUGCAACAGCAAGCUGCAGAAGGAUUCUUGAGCGAGGGCAGAAUGCUCAGACUAAAAUUUGAACAUACUAAUUAUAAGUUUAUCAAGGCGAGAGAGCACGAAAGAUGGAGAAGAUUGCAUGUUGACAAGAACAAACAGCGAGGACAGACUAAUGUAUCAGAAGAUAACAACAUUGGGGAGUGGCCGGCACACAGGAGGUACGACAACUCCACCGGUCAACACCUCAAAGGCGCGCUGGCUCAGGUGUACUUCACACUGAGCCACAACAUGGGCGGGAGAAUGAACACAUACAGCAGAUAUCACGGCCAUAAGGAUGCUAGCACCGCCCCCACGAAUCAUGGAAGGAAAAACGCCUUUAAUGUCACACCCCAUCAGGACGAAGAUGUAACACUAGCGCAUGUAUUUUGGUUACCUCAAAUGUACACAAGAAAAUACUGGUGGCACGUUGAUUGGUACUGGUAUUCAAAACUUCACAUGUUCCUCAACCGGUCCAGUGGAAUGCAACAGCACAAAAUUGCCUUCAGGAAUCACCAAACAUUUGCUCGCAUAGCAUCGAGACCAGACAUCCUAACUUUUAAGAACACCCUAGUAGAAGUUGAUACCAAGUCGAAGCUCCAGAGUGUUCGAAUGUCGCUACCCAUGGAUCCUUGGGAAAACAUCAAUGAUUUGACUACUGCACACACUGAGCAAUUCGCGAAAUCAUCCGACCCAGUGCCAGGUCCUUCACAUGGGUUUUCUGAGCGUGGAAAGCAGAAAGCCGAUAGCUCUGGCGUACCAAAAAACAACAAGAAAGACCAGAGCAAUCAAAAGAUCUCCGAGCCUCGUAAGACUAACAAACCACCUCCGAAAGACAAGCCCAAGCCAGCCAAUUACCCUCGCGCUGGCAAGUGAUGCAUAAUAAAGUCUUGCCUCCUACAAUACUAGUUAUAUACCAUUUCCAAUAUUCCAACUUGUUGCAUUUUUGCAUGUCAUAUGUCAAACUUAUGUUUUCAUAAAGACAAUACUU